AUGGGCAAGAAGAAGGCGAAUGGCGAGUACAACGACUUCGUAGAUGGCGAGAAGCUGCGUGAUAACACGGAGAUUCGAACUUCGCUGCAAGGCACUUCCACUACAAAUGCUUCGCCUUCGCCGAUAGCAAUAGGCCAUGACCAGAAAGGGAGCAAGAAGCUUGGCAACAGCAAAGGAGCUUCAAAGAGGCCGCGAUUAACCCACUUCCUAUGUUUACCUCUGGUCACAGAUGCCAAUAGACAUCAACUUCAGAGUGGGUUGCAGACUCUCAAGGGCGAUCUCGAAAGAGACCCCUUAGUUCCAGCAAAAGCAGUGCGACCACCCGGUACUCUGCAUCUUACACUGGGUGUUAUGAGCUUCGACAAUGCUCAAUUAGAAGAAGCGAAGCAGUUCCUACAAGAGCUUCAUCUGCACAGAAUCCUGCGAGACCUCACACAGCGGAAAGUCGCAGAACAAGCUGCCGAAGACGGCGCGAUAUCCGAGAACCUCAACGCAGCCGCCAUGCCCGACACAGACUCGUUGACCAUCAACUUAGAAGCACUAACACCCAUGCAGUCGCCGCAAAACACAAGCAUACUUUACGCGACCCCAACAGACUCACAUCAGAGACUGGUCCCAUUCGCAAAGUUACUGCGGAAAGAGUUUAUAAACAACGGCUUCAUGAUCGAAGACUCCCGGCCCUUGAAACUCCACGCUACCAUCAUUAACACCAUCUACGCCAAGUCCAGCGCACGCCGAGGACGCAAAAGCCAUGUGAAAGAGACACUGAAGCACAUUGAGCAUAAAAUUUCUCCACAUCACCACGAUGGUUCGGCGGCGGAUUCUGGCGAAGACGAUCCGUCAAGGAGUGAAGGCCACGGUCCCGAUGCAAAAGACCGGAUGCGCUUCGAUGCCCGGGAUUUGAUCGACAAGUACAAGGACUUUACCUGGGCUGAGGAAGUGAGGAUAGAUAGAGUGCAGAUAUGCAAGAUGGGCGCGAAGAAGAUAUGGAGUGGGGGAAAUGAGGGCGAGGGUGAGGUGGUCGAUGAGCAGUAUGAGGUCGUGUUUGAGAAGGGGAUAUUUGAGUAG